GUGGUUGAAACUUGUUGCGGAAAGAACUAUAAUUGAAAUAAAAUGGACGAUUUCUUUAAAACCAACUACGAUCCAAUUCAACGCAUCUGGAGUGGAGGGAAACCCGCGCCCAUGUACGACUUUGAUUGUUCAGUUGGUCGAAUAAUUCACAACAAUCUCAGAAACAAUCCCAACAACGUUUGCCAGAUAUGCCUUGCGGAUGGGAAAACUGCAACAAACAAGGAUAUAUUUAGCUGGUCCGUGCGACUUGCACAGAAUUUCAAGCAGCGUGGACUACGCCACGACGAUGUCAUCUGCAUUUCGGCCAAGAAUAGCACCUAUGUCACACCUGCCGCGGUGGCCUGCCUUUUCAAUGCCACGCCCUUUCACGCAGUCAAUCCCACUUUAGAUAUUAAUACGCUUAAACACGUGCUGACGAUAACCAAGCCCAAGUUAAUCUUCUGCGAUGCCGUCGACUAUGAGAAGCUAAAGACCGCGAGUGCAGCCUGGACACCUGAACUGAUAACAGUCACGGGUAAAGUGGAGGGUGUGGUGUAUAUAGAGGAACUGCUCUCCCCAACGAAAACUGAAAUGUUCUAUCAACCACAAUCGCUGCUUUUGGGCGGUGAUCAGACUGUGGCCAUAUUGUGUUCGUCUGGAACUACAGCACAGCCCAAAGCUGUUUGCUUAGCAAACCACAUGCUGACGGUUGGCAAUCCCUUCGUUAACAGCGAAUUAGUCAUCUACUGCGGCUCCAGCUUAGAUUGGUACACGGGUGUUUUGAACUUUAUGAACAGCGUAGCGGAUGGCUGUACACGCGUCAUACCCGAUAAGCCCUACAGUGCUGAGUAUUUGUUAGAGCUCAUUGAUAAGUACAAGAUCAAUAUCAUAAGCUGUGCGCCUCGUCACGCUAGCGAGUUGCUCGCCUGUCCUCAAGCCACACCUGAGCGAAUGGCGACGGUGUUUGUACUGGGAGUCGGGGGUGGUUGGAUACCCCCCGUGACACUUCAGAAGUUGAAAAACAUACUUAAAAAUGGGAAUAUCUAUUUUGGUUAUGGUGCUACGGAAUUUGGAGCAGUUUCUGCCGGUCCUUAUAUUGAGAAGCUGGGUAACACAGUGGGAACACUCGUGUCCGGAAUUAAGGUUCGCAUUGUCGAUGAAAACGGAAAGAAUCUUUGCCACGGAGAAGUUGGAGAGGUUUAUAUCCAUCAUGGCCGCAAAUGGAGCGGCUACUACGGUAACCCACUGGAAACCCAGCGCAUGCAGGACUCUCUGGGCUGGUUCCACUCGGGUGAUUUGGGCUACUUUGAUGAACACAAUAACCUGUACAUCGUGGACCGCAAAAAGGAAAUCUAUAAAUGCUUGGGAAUGCAAUACGGGCCCAGCGAUAUCGAGGCAGCCAUUGCUGAGCUACCCGAUGUACAUGAAGUGUGUGUGGUGGGCCUCUAUGAUGAGAAAUACGGCGAUGCACCUGCUGCCAUGGUCGUAAAACGUCCUGGCAGCACCUUGAGCGCAGCCCAGAUCAAAGAGCAUGUGGCCAAGCGGUUGGUUGUCGAGUUUAAGCAAUUGCAUGGAGGCGUUUACUUCGCGGAUGAGUUGCCCCAUAAUGCCAAUGGCAAGGUGCUCCGGCGAGUGGUCAAAGAGAAGCUGAUGCAGGCGAAUUUGGAUCGUUAAUAAAAAUUGUAUUAAUUUAGUUUACAUAUACAUAUAUGCGAAUUUUAAACAACCAAGUGGGAAAAGAAAGAGGUUUUUUUUUUUGCC